GACGGCGGCGGCGGCGACGCGGAGGAGGCGGUUGAGGCGGCGAGGACCGGCCGCUCGCUCGUUCCCUCCCUCCCCUCCUUUCUCCUCACCUCAGCGCUUCUGUCAGCGUUCUCCUCAGCCCCGCCCGCUCCCCUCUCCUCCCGCCGUUGUGAGUCGGGCGGCGGACCGGCCCAAGGCCCUAAGAGUGAAGCCAUGGCCAUCCUCUUCGCGGUCGUCGCUCGAGGCACCACCAUCCUGGCCAAACAUGCCUGGUGUGGAGGGAACUUCCUGGAGGUGACGGAGCAGAUUCUGGCGAAGAUACCUUCCGAAAACAACAAACUAACCUAUUCCCACGGAAAUUACCUGUUUCAUUAUAUCUGCCAAGACCGAAUCAUCUACCUCUGUAUCACAGACGAUGAUUUUGAGCGAUCUCGGGCCUUCAACUUCCUGAAUGAAAUAAAGAAGAGAUUUCAAACUACGUACGGUUCAAGAGCACAAACGGCCCUCCCUUAUGCCAUGAACAGCGAGUUCUCGAGUGUACUGGCUGCACAAUUGAAAUAUCACUCUGAGAACAAAGGCACGGACAGAGUGGUGGAGACUCAAGCCCAGGUGGAUGAACUGAAAGGGAUCAUGGUCCGAAACAUAGACCUAGUGGCCCAACGAGGAGAACGAUUAGAGCUGCUGAUAGACAAAACGGAGAAUCUUGUUGAUUCCUCGGUCACAUUCAAAACCACCAGCCGAAACCUUGCCAGAGCCAUGUGUAUGAAGAACCUCAAGCUCACCAUAAUCAUCGUCAUUGUAUCCAUUGUUUUCAUCUACAUCAUCGUGUCAGCUGCCUGCGGGGGCCUGACGUGGCCAAGUUGCGUGUAGAAGUAGAUGAAGGUAAACUUAAACCGUGGAUUUGACAGCGAGCAAGUGUACCAAGGAGUUAAGGAGCAACCCACGUAACUGUCUCUUCACUACUGACACAGAUGA